GAACAUCAAAACAAACUUCACAGGGACACACACAGCCGCGUGAGUCUUCCCACAGACAUCAACAACAGCGAUGGGAAAACUUCCAGCUAAGAACAUAACGAAAGGAUGUUUACCAACUAUACCGUUCGCUUUAAAGCUAUACUAAGAUAACCUUCAACUGAACGUCACAUUAGCGGUGACCUGAGCUACAUGUAGUCUCUGGUUGUGUGUGUGUGUGUGUGUGUGUGUGUGUGUGUGUGUGUGUGUGUGUGUGUGUGUGUGUGUGUGUGUUGGGGCUCAGUGAGCAGGAUGGAGGAGCAGCUGAGGACUACACUGCACUGUGAUGAUAAGGAGAAGCUUCGCAGGAAGUUGGCACUCUUACAAAGGGAGUACCUCAGGACAGCCCAGAGACUACAGCGUGCUGAGCGGUCAGAAGCAGUGCGGAGACAUGUGAGGAGUAGGAUUACCCAGCAGAACCACGAGAACCAGAGAAAUCCAGAGAUCACAUCUGACCCCUGUCUCACCCCAUCUGCACUGACACUAAACGCCAUCAGUGGCUCAGCCUCAGGUGUACCUCAGUGCCAGGGACCCACUGGAGGUCCAGAAGAUUCUGAGAACUCCAGGCGGAGCCAGGUAAUCAGGUUCCUGCUCCCUUCUGAUGCUGCUUGCCCACAAACCCCAGAUUCCAGCCAUGACGCGGCUAGAGGUCACAGACCCAGUCCUGCCCUGCGCCUCAGGUCUCGAAGCAGCCGCCUACGCUGGGAGAAGAGGAGCGCUGAGGCUGGCAGGAGCACAGACAACAGCGAGGAAGGACAGGAGCAGAGUGAAAGGGUGGAGACUGCUGGAGGAGAAGGAAGUGAAGAGACAGUCAAAACAGAGGGAACGGAGGUUGUGAAUGAAAGUGAAGAGCUCUUUUCUGGCACAGAAUCCGAGUCUCCUUCUCUGCUGCUUACACACUGGAACACUUGUGGACAAACUGAAACAGGAGAUAUGGCUAUAAACCCUGGAGGCAGGGGACAGAAGGAUGAUAUUGCACGAAAUGGACGACAAAAAGGGACAGAGGAAGCAGAGGAAAGUGAGAAUAGUGGAGGACAGAGGGAUGGGAGUCUGUGUGAAGACGGCAGUAAUAAAGACACUGAACAAAAUGCAGCAGAGCUGAUAGAAAGUGAAAACAGUCCUGAUAAUACAGUUGAAAUAACAGAAGAAAAAAGUGAGAUUAAUACAGGAGAACAUGAUGUAAAGGGAGUGGGUCUCCUAGACUCCUGUACUCUAGUGGAGGGACUACUGUUCCCAGUAGAGUACUACGUCAGAACCACAAGACGUAUGACAUCUUCACAGAGCCAGCCUGACAUGCAGGCCGUCAUACUCUCCCAGCUGAGCACGGGACGUCCUCGCAGGAGCCGGGGCCGGGGCCGCGGCCGCGGCCGUGGCAGAGCACUGAACAGGCAUAUGGACAACCAUGGACGUUCAGAGAAACGCACUGAGGCAGGUUUCUCCUCGCUGACGACUGCAUCUGCAUCUGUAGGACCUCGUAUGGAAUCGCAGACUGCUGACACGUCCGCUGACCUCAACUGUCAGAUCUCCAGUGAGUUCUCAGAUCAAAUCUCAGCCUGUCAGAUCGACACGGGUGCUUGUUUUUCUCCUACGGUCAUUGCUGCUCGUCCAGCAAGAGGUAGGAAGAGGAGAAGAGGCAGGGGCAGAGGGAGACCUCAGACUUCUCGCUCUGUUGGUUUAGACACCCAUGAACUCGGCCUCGGACGAACCUCAGAUGAUCCCCAGCCCACCAGCUCCCCAGUAUCUUCCUCCACAUCUCUGCAAGGAGCUGAUGGACCAAAGCCCUGCCUCACUCCGGUAGAAGUUGUUCCAGUGCCAGACGACCCCCAGCCCGCGCCCACCCACAGCACAGCCCCACAGCCUUCCUCUGGAGCUAAUGGGGCUCAGUCUAACUCUGCCUCUGGACAUCAGGUCUAUCCCAUCUUUCUGAAGAGCAGCAGCAGGACUAACGGAGCCACACAAAUCAGUGCAGCGCGCUGGCAGUCUCUCCUCUUGCCUUCUACUCCACCUGCCCAAACUUCUCUGCUUCCUCUACCAUCUCUGCCUCCCGGCCCGCUGGUCAACAACCUGAUGAACUUUGACAUCCCACAAGAUUUCCAUCUGCCCGAUGACCAGUUUGCUUCCCUAAAGCUGCACAAGCUUCGCCAAGUCACUGUGGAAUCAGGAGUUGAACAUUUUACAUCGCCGUCUUACAACACGCGCAGGAGCAUGCGGCGCUCUGGGACUUGCUACAGCGGCAGUGACCCAGUGAUGCCUCUUCCACUCCCGCUCAGCCUCACGCCCACGAUAGCAAGUUCACCCCAUCCCGCUGAAGCAAAACAAGCUGCUACACAGUCUGUAGAGCUCCACGACUUGUCAAAAGAACACAAGCUUACAGGUAAAUUGACAAGCCAGUCUUCAACUGAAGUGUCAUCUGACCAAGAAAACCCUGGAGAGCAGCAGACUGAUAACCUUCAUCCAGAGUGUCAGACUCACGCCACCUCAACAGAAUCUGUGUCAGUGGUUCAAGAUUGUGCUGCUGACUGUGCAGAUCAACGUAAAGAGAAAGAUAAUGUGAUUCUGAAUACUUACAGCCAGAGUUGUGUCUCAGACAGCAACACACACAGAUCUAUUGACCGAUCUGUCAAACCACUGCCUCACAUCAAGUUUGCAGACAGACCUGCAGGCAAAGUGAAUGAUUAUGUCAUCAACCACUCAGAUGAGCUUGAAAUGCAAGAGAUUUCUCUCAUUUCAUCAGAAGACCAGACAGAUUGUGCUGGUGUAGUCCAUCCUUUGGAGGAUCAGAGGUCCGCAAACCACCAAACAGAAGACAAAGCCAUCAUCAAGACGCUUUCCUUUGACUGCCCCGAGGAGCCUGUUGGCAACUGCACUGCUGUACAGGCGUGUGAUAACAGUGAAGCUCCAGAGUCUCCUGUGCAGCAUCUGAAUGUGAAAUCUCCUGCCAAAGAGUCCAAGGAAUCCUCUGAACCCACCACAAGUCCUUCCAGAGAAAAUAAAAGUCAGGACAAGUGUUUACCGCACCACAGUGUCCACUCCCAGCUCCUGUUGAGCCCUCCUCCGGCAUCAGCACCCUGCCCCUUCACAACCCCGCACCUGCGCUCCUCUGCCAUCACCUCCAGCCCCACACUACCCUCACUGGGAACCACCCCCCACCCUGUCUCUGCCGCCCUCCCGCUGACGUCCUCUCCCUCCGCCCCAGAUCUCAUCCUGCCUCCCCCUCAUAGCCCGUCCACCCAGGCCCUCUCCCCACCAGCUCUCUCUCCCUGUCCAUCCCUCGCUUUGCUCCCUCCUAGCCAGCCCUCCACCCCUCAAGCCGGUCAGAUCCAGGCUUCACAUGAGCUGCCCCAGAGGGUUGAACCUGCUACCUGCCCGACUGUCUCUAGCAUCCGGUCACAGGGCUCAGGUGUGCAGGUGGGCCUGAGAACAGAGGAGACAGUGGAGGAACACGUGAUGAGAUGCACACACACAUUGAAGGCUCCAGCGGGAGGAUGUCUGGUGGAUGCAUGCUGUCUUCCCGGAUCCACAGGUGGUUUGUGGGUAGCAGCAGCAGGAAAAUGGGCAGUGUGUCUGUGGAGUCAGACGUCAGCUUCUGAUUGGAAGUUAAUACACACCUGGGCCUUCAAUGAACCGGUGAUCAGUGUGUUUCCUGUCCCGGAUGCUGCUGGGCUGAUGUGUGUGACUCUGGGUCAGUUAGAAAUCAGAGAAGUGAGGAUGUUGUCGUGCGCCAGCCUUUUACAAGUGCUGCUCUGUGAGGGGGUUGUCCAGGCUGUUGUGGCCGUGUCCAAGUCCAGAGUGGUUACAUCCUCCCACUCAGCGUCCGGUUCCACCCUGCAGGUGUUUGCACUGUCAGACAGUGGCAGCACGUUGAGCUCUCAGCCUCUCAUGUCUCCUGGCGUUUGUGUCGGGGCCCUCGCUCCGGUGGACGGACUUCCAGAUGCUCUGAUCGGCACAGAUGAGGGAGGACGCCUCUUCAUCUGGAAUUUAAAGACUGGGCAGCUGCUGCGGAAGAUCGUCCUCCGAGAUGAUUUAUCACACACGGCCUGUCUCCGAGGAUACUCCUACUGUGGAGUGUUAUUUGUCCUGCUGCAGCAUCAGUUGCUCAGCUCCCUGGAAGAAGAAGAAAGAGAGGCCACGGCAAAAGAUCAAAUGUUUGUGGAGGAGGAGGAGGAGGAGGAAAGGAAGAAGACCGCUCUGUUGUCUUUGGUCGCCGUGAACCCUCUGAGUGGAAAAUCUGUAAAGGCCACUCAGCUGUAUCCACCCAAAGCGUGGUCUGGCAGGCUGUGUGAAGCUGAUGUUAACAGCUCCAGCGUGGUGGGCCUGAGUCAGAGCGGCUGUGUGUGUGUGUGGGAGCUCGGGCGUCAAGGGGCCUCGAGGAUGGUGUGGGCUCCCGAGAGCGAAGGCUGGCAGCUGGCUCGAUGGGGCGGAGGAGGUACGCUGGUGACUGGACAUCACAACGGAGACGUUACUUUACACUGCUACAGUACGAGUCAGACUCCACUCCACCACUAGCAUUAAAGACUCUUGGAUUGCUUUUAUCAAAUAAAAAAAGUCUUUCUGUCACUGUAUUAAUGAUUACACAAAGAUUUUAACACGGCUUCAGUUGAGAGGCGCCUUUUAAAUAUACUUGAAUGUCACAUUUGUUCAUUCUGGCUGAUCCAGAAGGCAUUGCAGGGACUGUCUCUGUAACCUCCAGCACAACGAUCUAUACUGUAAACUCCUCAACAAGACUGAACCGGUAAAGGUGGAGUGCUUCUAAAUUUUAUCCUCCAGCCUUUGAAAAUGCCCACACUCAUAUUUUUAGAGCACCAGUAUCACAAACUGAGACCUCGUUGUGUAACAAUGUCCACUCGAUGCGGAUUUCCACUUUUUAGGCCACUUUAGCCUGAAAACCAACUUUGUGUUUUAUUACUGCUGCUGUUUUGACUGUUCCUUACUGUGCUUACUUGAAUAUAUUCUUUAUAUGUGUUAUAUUUAAAGAAAAAGAAGUGUUGCCAAUGUUUGUUUUUAUAGUUUACAUUAAACAUUUGUGAAUUUG